UUUUACUGUGUGAAAAUAACGAUUCAUUUUUUUUGUUAUUGUUCUCAUUUUAGUUAGAAAGAAAAUGAAACUCUUAAUUACUCUGACUUUUCUAUUUGGACUUUUGGCUUCAGUUAUCAUGAUAGAACACUCAAAAAGUGGAAUGGUUUUCAUAGCGAAUGUUCAAGUUGAUGAAAGUGUUGUUAAAACUUCCAAAAUUGAAUUGGGUCAUAGUGCUUGGAUGGAAAGAUGCACUUAUAAGGAAGAUAGAAUUCGAGAUCUGGCCAAAGUUAAACUGGUCAGACAGAAAUCCUUGCGAACCGCAAAUGUAGACAGAGGCAUUUUGAACUGCAUUCAAUGUGUAAAUCGGGUAAUCGACACUUUUGAGAAAAGACAUAAUAACGUUGGGAAAAAAAUACCAAACGGUAUUUACGAUAUCGGUUUAUAUAACAAAGAUAUUGCGCAGUUUGUGAUAGAAGCUAACAUACUUUCAGAUAUAUACAUUUCAACUACCGAAGGCGCUAAACGGACACAAAUUGAAAACAUUUGUGAAGACAUUUUCACAAAUAUGGCAAUUAUGAGAUCUAGCAUUUAUAUACACACAUGGAUUCCAAAGGCAACCGCAGCUGUAACAGGAAUAGCUGGUGCAUUUAUCGGCGGACCACCUGGAGCGGCUUUCGGAACUGGUAUGGGAUACUUGGUCGGAAAAUCGUUUAUCAGAAAGGAUCAAUGAUUUCAAUAGAUUAACGAUUUCAAUAAAUAUUUAUAUAGAACUGAUGUUUAGUUGUUAUUCCCGAAUUAUUAAUGUAAAUUGAUCGAAAAACGAGUCCUUGCGAUAAAUAGUUAGGGAAUGGCGUUCAUUGUUUUUACCAAAUGUUUUAUUUUCGCAAAAUAUUGACAAAGUUUGGGUAAUCGUCCUAUUAAAAUUGAAUACAAAUACCACGAUGUUAUUUGAGUAAACAUUUACAAUAUCAUCACUUAUAUAAACAAUGGCAA